GCCGUGAAAAUAAGAAUGGAAGAUUCAGGCCAAGGGAGCAGCCAGACAGAACCUCAUCUGAAGAGAGAAGAAAAUGAGUAGCGGCAGCAGCAAGAUCGUCUGCGUCACCGGCGCCUCCGGCUACAUUGCUUCAUGGCUCGUCAAGCUCCUCCUACUCCGUGGUUACACUGUCAAGGCUUCUGUUCGCAACCCAGAUGAUCCCAACAAGACAAAGCACUUGCUUGCUCUUGAAGGAGCUGAGGAGAGGCUUCAGUUGUUUAAAGCAGACCUCUUGGAAGAGGGUUCCUUUGAUCCUGUUGUUGAAGGGUGUGAAGGUGUUUUUCAUACUGCCUCUCCAUUUUAUCAUGAUGUCAAAGACCCACAGGCAGAGUUAAUUGAUCCUGCUGUGAAGGGAACGCAGAAUGUUCUCAACUCAUGUAAGAAAUUCCCUUCUGUCAAACGUGUGGUCUUAACAUCUUCUAUGGCUGCUGUUGCAUUCAAUGGAAAACCUCGAACUCCAGAUGUGUUGGUUGAUGAAACUUGGUUUUCUAAUCCAGAUUUCUGCCGGGAAUCAAAGCUUUGGUAUGUGCUCUCUAAGACCUUGGCUGAGGAGUUUGCGUGGAAAUUUGCAAAAGAGAAUGGUAUCGACUUGGUUUCCAUAAACCCUGCAAUGGUCAUUGGUCCUCUCCUGCAACCGACUCUUAAUACAAGUGCUGCAGCAGUUUUAAAUAUAAUCAAAGGUGCAAAUACUUUUCCAAAUUUAACGUUUGGAUGGGUUAAUGUUAAAGAUGUUGCAAAUGCACAUAUACAAGCAUUUGAAAUUCAAUCAGCUAGUGGAAGAUACUGUCUGGUUGAGAGAAUUGCACACUAUUCAGAACUUGUGAAGAUUUUACAUGGUUUCUAUCCUAGUCUCACGCUUCCGGAGAAAUGUGCAGAUGACAAGCCCUAUGUACCAACAUAUCUGGUGUCUAAGGAAAAGGUAAGCAGCUUGGGGAUUGAGUUGAUUCCCCUGGAGGUAAGCCUCAAGGAAACAGUUGAAAGCCUCAAGGAGAAGGAAUUCGUCAAUUUCUGAGUCUUCUUAGCUACUUAUAGGCCCUACUAUGGAUUAAACUUAAAUAUAAGGUUGUGUUCCAGAAAUCAUUUCUCUGUUUGAUGUUAUUGAGAGUUUGGAGUUCUACAACUCUUUUAAUAUGUCUUUCAAAUGCCAUCAAUUAUGUGACUUAAUAGAUAUGCAAUUUAAGGAAUAAAAUUUCAGAUGCUGA